GUCGGAGUGAGGUACACCUUCAACGACUGGCUGUCCCACGUGGACGCGCAGGCGGUGCCCGUGGCUGCGAACGAGCCGGGUUUGGUGGGGGAGCGCUUCGCCUUCACCGUGUACACCCCGCCCCUCGCAGACCCCGGCUCCGCCGUGCACCUCGCCGUUUACCUGAAGUGCGAGGAGGGGGAGUUCUGGGACAACAACGAGGGGCAGAACUACACCGUCAGGUACCGCUGCGUGCCCGGCCACGCGCCCUUUGUCAGCGCCGCCUUCUACGCCACCUGAGCCGUGCAUAAACCUCUCCACCUCUGCGUAAAACCUCUCCACCCCUGCGUAAAACCUCUCCACCUCUGCGUAAAACCUCUCCACCCCUGCGUAAAACCUCUCCAUCUCUGCGUAAAACCUCUCCAUCCUGCGUAAACCAGCUGCUGUGCACCUGUCUCUCUCUGUCCCGUGCUCAGAUCAGUGAAGCUGAGUUAUUCUCAGGCUGCAGGCUUCACCGUUUCCUUGAUUUUAAACCUUUAGUGCCUUUUUUUAAACCGACCUCUGAUGCUGAGCCUUUGAUGUGUUUAGAGGACCGCAGCACAACUCAGAGACAGUUCCAGAUGUUAGAACUAUCCGCUCUUGAUUUGAAGAAUAGAGGGAUUAACUGCUGAUUUUGACAUUGACAUGAUUUGAUAUUGACAUUUUCCGUCACGCUUGGGCUUGGUGUGACGUCACAGAGUAAUGAAACUGUUUGAUUUUUGUGACCUGAUUAAAAAUGAAGCUGCUCAUGUUCAGGAUGUCCAGUUUUGUCCUUUGAAACAAAUAAAAGUGACGCUGGAA